UGGGGUUUUUUCAACGCACAGCAGCUAUUCGGAAAAUCUCUGGGCUCAAGCUUUGGCCAAUACAAGGAGUUUUUAAUGAGUCUUAAACAAUUGCCGAAAACUGGCGCAUUUUCCAAUGAUAGGUCGCGGUUGUUUAAGGCAACGCGCUUAGUUAAGAAAUAAUCGUCGCGGUCUACCCUCGUAUACUGGUCAAGGAGAGAAGGACAGAGCUGAUCUUCAUAGGGCCGUCCCGCUCCCACCCGUAAUGCGUGCUUCACUUCAGUCGCUACGAAUCACCUAGUUGCGUUACAGGGGGCGAUUGAUAAGUUUCAAUGAUUUGGUUAAUUUAAAGCGACUAACCAGUCGACCAAUUGUUAACUUGCAACAAUGGGCCUGGUAUCGGGGUUAUCAGAAGAAUAACGUGUGCUUAGCAUGCAAAAUAAUCUCUAUUGUUCCACCGCAGCAAUUGCAAAAGCUCGCUGAUAAAACCUUUGUUUUGUUAUCUGUGUGGAUACUUAAGGCUUGAGAUUAGAUUUCCAUCGGCAUCACAUUGAAGAGCCACUAAUUCCAGCUAAAUGCACCUAAAAUAGAGCAUCAGCGAGAUUCCGUUAUUUAUCUGGCCUAGAAUGAUCUGUCGAUUGAAGAAGUCGUUUUUCUGUGCAGUUUAAGUGGCGAUUGGUUGCGCCAAAGCGUUUAAUGACUUUGAUAUUGAUGAAUUGAGUGUGUCAUCGAUAAAUAGAUGAUUAGUUCGCAAGCGGCGCCGUCAUGAGGAGAGUUGGAGUGAGAAGUGAUGCGCCUCAAAAACACCACAUCGAGCUCCUCCACUAUCGGCAGAAAUCCAACUGGGACUGCGGUGUUUCCUGUGUGCUGAUGGUGCUGCCCAACAAACAUCGCCAACAUUUAACGAAAAACUUGAGCAAAAUAUGCAGGAGCGAGGGAUUCAACAAGAGCACUUGGACCAUAGAUCUUUGCUACCUACUGAAAAAAUACGAGGUUCAGCAUGUGUUCUACACGGUCACCAUUGGCGUGCAUGAGGGCUAUCGAGCAAACAGCUUCUACCACCAGAUAUUAACCAAGGAUGAAAAUCGCGUGAAAGUGAAAUUUCGCGACGCCUCAAAGAACAAGAUUCCGGUCAGGAAGGCCUCAAUCUCGAUCCUCCACAUCAUAGAGCAACUACUCAAUGGCCCGAUCAUCAUCCUCACAAACGCCCGACUACUUUACUGUGAUAUUUGCAAGUCCAACAAGAUAUCGAAUGAACUCAGAAAAUGCCUCCCUUGGCCCACCACUUACCAGGGCCAUUACAUAGUGCUAUGCGGAUAUGAUAUUGAACGACAGAGAGUGUUUUAUCGCAAUCCUUCGUUUGGCGAUCGUAAGUAUGCUUCAAAUGAAGAAGCGCAGCGCGAAGUGCUUAAGAAGGGUGGUUUUUGCAGAUGUAUGUGCCAUGUCGGUGUCCACUUUGGAAGAAGCGCGUAAAAGCUACGGGACUGAUGAGGACGUAAUUUUUAUAUACAAAUAGGGGCACUUUUUAUGCAAAAAUCCUUCUUUACCUGAGAGGCAUGCAAGCAACUUCAGUGAUUUACGCAAUAAGGAACAUUUUAUAUAAUGUAACUCAAGAAAAGACUGAAUCAAAUUCCACGUGUGAAAUGCGGCAUCUAGCAGAUAUAGAAUUUGAUGGGCGCGUGUAAUUGCGUUUAAACUUACUUAAAUAAACUGGGUGAUUCAAA